GGUGCACGUAUAUCUUGUAGUAGUCAAUCGACUGUUGAUGUGACCGAGCUUGAUUCAAACGCUGCCGACGCGAGGAGGAAUAAUAAACAUGAGAAAACUGUUGCCAAAACCACCGCAUAUGACACACCUCCAGCGGCACCGGCUGGAGUCAGUGAGUGACCACAGCGGUCCGACCAGCUCGUCCAGCAAGUCGGACAGCUCGGACGGUUCGGCCUCGGAGAUAUGCGAGGUAAUGCAGGAGUGGUCCCUGGACGGUAGUGAUCCCCAGUCACAUCCGAUGCAGCUGCACCACCCGAACAACCAUCAGCACCUAGUCCAUCAUCAGCAUCACCAUCAUCAUCACCAUCACCAUCAUCACAACCAUCAUCGCCAUCAGUCGCACCACCGUACGCUUCUUACGACUCACGAACAUCUUCAACAUCAGCAGCCACAGCAGCAGCAGCAGCAGCAGCAACACCUGGGUGGACUGAUCUCACCCAACUCCAGCUACACCCAGGAGGACGUUGACGAGCAGGAUGACGAUCUCGAGUACAGCAAGCACGACCUCAUCAGUCUGGACAACGGCAUCAUCACCGACUACGAGCGGGCACAGGUCGAGAGCUUCUUCAGCGGACUCGGCACCGAGGUGUACGUUAGCUCAUCGUUGGCCAAUCUGUACGAGCGCGUCGGCAAGGAGGACUGGCGUCUAGUGUUUACUGGUAUACCGGUGCUGCUACACGACAAGGGCAGCACGCGGUCACGCUGCACACCGAGGGUGUCGUUCGUGCUGGCCGAGCGUGGUACGUGCUUCGCCCUCUGGAAGGAUACCAUCGACAACCUGUCCGACUACAAGGUAGCAGCGGCCGCCUUCCAUACGAUGUGUCUAUCAGCAGAUCAUCGGAAAGUGAUCGGUUUCAGUUUCGAUUCGAACCAGGCGGCUCGGGAAAUGUGGGUGCGGGUAGAGGAGCUGACGAGCAAUCCGGAAAACAUUGCGCUGUCGGCACCGGGCAGAAAACGAAAAACCCAGAAGCGUGCGAAACCGAUCGUGCUGCCACCGAAGUCACAAAUUUCGCAACCGUGCCAGUUCAACCACGUUACCAGCGUUACGACCGGUGACACGCAGCGUUACUUCAGUCUGCAGGCGUUCGUUUCGGCACCGAUGAAGCACCGAAGUCCUUAAAUGAGGACCACUUAGAGCGGAUCCAACCGGGGAUCAGCAUCGAACCGAACCGAUCUUUUGAGAUAAUCUCGAAAGGAAUCGCAUGAAACAUCUUGCUUCUCACGUUUUUCCAUGACACGAAUAGUAAUGUGUCCUGGAGUAGGAGUUUAUUUUCAAACUCAUAUAUAUAUAUUUGCUAGCGUUUUUUUUUAUUUGCGUCCUCAACAUGGGCGGUUGUGCAAUCACGGGGUGGUAGUAUGGACUUUAUGCUGAGUAACUAGAAAAGGCGUUACUAUGCCACUAAGUAAUGUAACGAUUGUAUGACAUUCAACGAGGAUAAAGUACGAGCAAGAUAGGAAGUACGAUUUGUGGAGGAAAGGAAACGAAAUAUUCUACAACUCCAGCAAUUCUGUCCUCAAAGCGAAUUCAGGUUAUUCCACUCAAUUAUGAUCAAUGGUUUUAUCUAUACUAGACUUAAGAUUCACAUCUCUUCAUGUAACACACAGGAAAACAAACAAAAAAGCAUAUACCCCCUUUUUCAGCAGCAACGAUUGCUAAUUGGUCCGAUACAGCUGUACCAGUACCAAAAUCGAUCUUACGCUAGUGCUGAAAACUAGACUGCAGUGCCACAUUUUGUAGAUGCUUAAGAGAUUUAGCUUUAAGGAAUGUAAUAGCAACCAGGAACAGGAAAACUGUUGGAAAAAUAAUGCGGUACCAACGUGUAACCAUAUUUAAAUACCACCACCAUCCGCGCCGGUAUCUAAAAUGGAAGAAUGGUCAGUUUGAAUAUAAAUGUAUGUCUGUGAUAAACGAAAAUAAGACACAUGAGACAUCAUCGUACGAUGUGAACGCUGGUCGGUGCGACCGGCAGACAACGGGAACGGAAACGAAGCAAAACUCCACAAAAACUGUUAGUUGUUAGCACAUAGAUGAAGUUUCUUAUUUCACAUUUUCAAAUAUAUAAACUCUACUCAAAAACCCAGCAUCGAAACAUUGGCUUGCACUUGCUGCCCCUUUGCCAAAGCAUCAAUUACAAUACAUUCCCGUAAGAUGUGGUUUUUUGCCCAUGAAUAACUUUUCACCCAAUAUCAAGCGAUGCAAAACUCCACCCCUCAACUGUUGUAAUGUCUAUUAACAAUCAUGCUUUCCAACAUGUACAGAACAGAAGGCAGCAUUCAUCACAUCAUAUGAAUGAAACCGACAAUGGUCAAAACGUUUGCGAUGCGCGUUUAUAUUGAUAAAUGUAUCUCGGAAGGAAGUUGAGAAACAGUUCCACGUGCUGUAAAUAUUUGCAAUGAACCUUAUGUGUAGUUUGGAAAAUAAAUUUCAAUUUUAUCAAACGA